AUGUCCAAAAAGAAAAGCAGGUAUCAUGAGACUCUGGAAAACACAAAGACCAACAAACCUAUGCCCAAGAAGAGUGGAAAGGACUUUGCAUCGUUAAUACCUGUAUGUGAUAGGGUAAAACAGUCUGGCAGCAGUGUGGCUAAAAGCAGCGUGAGCCGUGAAAAGAUCAGCACCCUGAGCAGUAAAGCGGGAGACUCAACAGCAAGUGGCAGUAAAUUUGGUGGUAGCAGAAGUAGGCUGAGUCACCAAAGCAACGUUGGACACCAGGCUACUCGACAUGGAUCCCUCCCAGCCAGACCAACUGUCCGCCUGCGUGGCAGUCAGAGCUUCUCAUCCCUCCAAGCCUCUUCUUUGUCGGCUGCCCCAUUCAUGAGAAGCAGUCGCUCGCUCAGCAGACUUGACCAAAGAGCCACUGAUUCAGAUAGUUCACAAGUGAAGAGAGGGCAAGCCACCGGAAAGAAAAUUCUGGAUCCUCACCGUCUUUCAUCCUCUGUGGGGCAAAUCAGCAACUUCCUACAAUCACAGACAUCUUCCUCCUCAGUUGUUUCUACCACUGCGUAUGAUCAUCACAGUAAUAACGAAAAAAAACAGACUAAAGAUGGGGUGUACACACUUUGUGCAAUGACCUCUGGGAUGAGACGCAACUGGGUCCAAGCAGUGUUGAAAAAUGUGCGACCCAGCGUCACACAUGAUGCCACAAGCUCUCACACGGAGCAGUUUGAAGAGCACACAAACGGUGAAUGGACAGAAAACUCACAUCAACAGCAGCCAGAAGGAGAAAAGAGCUUGGCUGUAGACUCUUUACCCUCUGAUCUCCUUGUUUUACCCCCUGCCUCACCUGCUGGACCACACAUUAAUCCCUCACCCCAGGCUGAGGACAGCGAAGGUGCUCAUCCAUGCCAGCUUAAUCUUGAAUCUGGUCUGACAGAUUCAUCAUCAUGUGCUGAUGGAUAUCAAAGUGACAGUUCUGCUUCCACAGUAGUCCUAGCAGACGAUGAAUUUAAGAGCUGUACGAAUUCAGAAAGUCCAGCUGAGCAGCCUCUGCAGCCGGGCGCACAAGCACCCCAGAGAGAAGACCAGCUGGUAUCAAUUAACACCACUGUUGACUAUGAAGAAACACUGCCAUAUGACCAGCAAACUGGGCAGCUCGUCAAAGAGCUGGAACAAACACAGAGGGAGCUGUGUCGAAUCCAGCAGUUAAACAGGAGCCUGCAGGAUGAGCUACAACAAGAGCGAGAGGCUCAUUCAAGGAAACUCUUUUUCCCAAAGAAUGACACCAGUUCACCUCUGGAGCAAUCUUUGGCCCUACAGCAACUGCAGAAGAUGAACCACAACCUCCGCAUGGAGGUGGAGGCUCUAAAGAGGAGCCAAGAGGAGGCCCGAGAAGCUGAACUGCGGCGAAGAGUUGAUCUCCUAGCUCAACAGGCGCAGCUGCUGGUCACAGGUGACGCCACCGCCCUUGCACAACUCCAUCUAGAGCAAGAUCGCCAGCAAUUUCAGGAGCAGCAGUUGGAGUGGGAACGUUGUAUGUCCUCCCUGAAGUCCCAGCUCAACGACAGCGAUGAGAAGAGGAGGCACGCAGAGUCCCAGCUGGUACAAGUACAGCAGGAGUUACAGAGUCAACAGAGUCUUCAGCAAGAGGCUGAGCAGCUGAGGAAACACCUCCAAGAUAUGUCGGCUCAGUUACGGGCUUAUGAGGAGGCCCAGGCUGACAAAGAGGCCCGGCUGCAGAAACACCUCACGCUCCUUCAGGCAAGUCAGGAGAGGGAACGUCGGAGUUUGGCCGCCAGCCUGGCGCAGGCCGAGCAACAUUCCAAAGACCUGCAGGAAAAACUGGACAGGACUGAGCAACAGGUGGAGAACCUGAGCAGGAGUGAGGCAGUGACCAGGGAAAUCGAGGAGGCGCAGCAGCAGCUGCAGGAAGAGUUAGCGUGUACCGUAUCGACUGUGCACCGCCUCCAGGAGGACAGGGAGCAGCUCGGCCAUCGUUGCCAGGACCUGCAGAACCAGCUGACCGAGGCGGACAGGGAAGUGAGCAGGUUACAGGAACGAUUGAAAACAGAGGAAACACACUACUACAAUUUGGAACACUCGUAUGAGAGAGUUUGUGAGGAAGUGCAGGUGGCAUCAGGCAAAGUGCAGCAAAGGGAAUCUGAACUACAAGACAUACGAGAAGGUUAUGAGAGACUCCUAGACAGGAAGGAGCAAGAGCUGAGUGAAGUGUUGUUAAAAAUGGAAGUCUUGGGUAAUAGUUUGGAGGAGACAGAGAUGAAACUGAGUGAAGUUAUGAAAGUGUGCAGGUGUAACACCUCUCCGCUGAGGGAUGAUUCUUUGGAGCUCGUGGAGCAGGAAGAGGGACAUCAGCAAUCACAGGAGCAUUUGACUGCAAGUGAAAACAGUGGCAGUGACUCUCAUGGAAAUGAAAGUGCUGGCUCUGGAUCAAUAGAAACACAGCAGUACAUCGCCACAGCAGAAGAUGAUCCAGAAAAGUUUAUGUCCGUGAUCCAGUUACUCGAAACCAAGCUGUUCAUAACAGAGGAGAAACUGAGGGAUAUUACCCAGAGACUGGGCGAGCAUCAGAAUGACACGGGCUGCCAGGAUCCUCACCUCUGCUCUCAGUUGACUCAGAGCCGAGCAACUGCCCAGCACCUGAGUCUUCUGCUUCACAGUCAGGCCAAGCAGAGUCUGCGCUUUGCUCGGGAGACAGAGAAUGGCAGCAGGAUGCUGGUUGGUAGGUUCCAGGUAGCUCUGAAUAUCAUACAAGCCUGCAGAGAAAGGAUUCAGGCCACCGCCGUUGACAUACCAGACAUUGAGAGGCAAUUAGCAACAGUGGCUGCAUGCCUUCAGCAGGGGGAGAAAGAGGCAGAGAGAGUCCUACACGACUCAUACAAUUUGAGCAAAGAAGAGGACAAGAUCCUUAGUGAUGAGAAACUAGCAGGAGCUGAAAGGGACAUCACCUCUGAACACACAUACACACAAUACGUACACAACAUGCUUGAUGCUGGAACAUGGUUGAUGAGGGAGCUGUUUGUGGUAGAAAAGAUGGUGUGUUUCCUUCAGAGUCGAAAUGAUAUGAGCCUCCUAUCGACAGUUUCAAGAGAGAAAGAUGUCACAGAGGGUUACAAAAGUCUAAUCUCCCAAAGAAUAGCUCUAAAGAUAAAAGAAAGAAAGGAUUCGGGAAGAUCAGACUGUGGAAAUGGUGAACCUUUAGACAGGCUAAUCGGUCAAGUCUGUGCUGAGGCAGAGCUGAUUUAUGCUGCCCUAAAACUUCAGCACCAAUACGAAAGCAUGACUCGAGAAAGUCAUCCAGAGGUGGAGAAUCAGAGAGAAGGACUGGCAGAUAUCAGUCCCUCAGAGUUGACUCCUUAUGAUGGCCACCAGACUCAUGACAAGCUUUAUAAUUUAGGGCAAGCGCAAAGUUGGUUAGAGAAACUUGUAUCUCGUUUGCAAAGGAGAGCUAACUUCUUGCGCCACAUCUAUCACGAGAUUAACAGGGAAGACGGGCCAGUCAGUGAUGGUAGUCUGGAUUUUACCGUGGACAAUUCUUCUGCAGCUAAUUUAAGAUGCAUUCAGGAGCAAGUUAAAAUCAUUUAUUUGUCAGAUCGCCUUUACUUAGAUGUAGAGCAUGAGUUUCAGCAGAGUGAAAUGUUACAGAAAAAACUGCACGCUCUUUUAGAAGAGCAGGACAUCAAAUUAAUGGCUGAGCAGGAAGCAUUAAAUCAGGAAUUAUAUCAGCUUCAGGAGCACAACAGUGAGCUAAAAGAGGAACUCGAGCAGGCUGAGCAAAAGAUUAUAUCAGUAGAGACUGGGAACCACAAACUCCUUGAAGACAUACAGAAAAUUGAGGAUUAUCACCAGGAACGGAUGCAAAAACUGGAAGCUAAUUUCCAAGAGAAAAUAAAGGAACUGCAGCACAUCCAUGAAGAGGAAAUGAAACACCUACAUGGCUACUACACCAAGUCUUGUGCAUCAAAAGAGAAACACCCCAAAUCCGAAACAGAAGCACCCAAUUUCACAGAGGGAUCAAACGGCUCCCCUCUGUCAGAGCAGUCCGCAACAGAGACUACAUCCAAGGACCUUGACAUCCAAAUGAUAGAAGCAGAUGCAGCUGCCAUGAGAGAAGCUUACCUGAAAGACCUUGAAAAACUUCAGGAAUCACGUGAUCAGGGGUUUACUGCUAUGGAAGAAAUGCACAGGAAGCUGAUAAAAGACCUUCAGCAGCAGCAUCAGAAGCAGGUUGCUGAACUUCUCAGAGAGAAAGAUCAGCUCCUGCAAGAGGAGACAGCUGCCACCAUGGCAGCCAUUGUAGCAAUGCGGAGGGCCCAUAAACAAGAGCUGGAGAGAAGCAAGCAGUCUCAGCACAUCAGGGAGAGUGCCGACGUCACUGAACUACACCGGGAAUACGAGAGGGAAAUCCAAUUAUUGCAUAAGGAGCUUGAGGUGUUGUCCACUCAGCACACAGCAAAAUGCCUGGAAAACUCUCAGCUGAGCCAGGAGCUACGGGAUGAGAGAAAAUCAGUGACGCAGUACCAAAAAGAAAACCAGGAACUCAGAAAAAAGCAGAGAGAGAUGGAUGAGGUGUCACGGCUACACGAGGGUCAAUCACCUGCUGCCCAUCAGCUGAAUAGCCACCAGACGGAGAUGAUUAUGAGCUCAAAUAAGGCAGAAAUGCACUUUCUCAGACAGGAAGCUCGUUCUCUCAGAGAAGAGUUGGAGCUAGCUCGAAUGGACAAAGUGUACAUGGAGAAGAAGCUCAAUGCUGUCAGCGUGAAUAACCACAAUGUAGCCUAUCAGCGUGUUAACAAAGAUUCCAAGUUCGCCACCUGGUCUCCAGGCAGAGAUGCUUCUCGACACAACCUUGGUGACUCAGUGACAAUGACAAACAAUCCUACUUUCACCAAAAAGACGGAGAAACCUUCCAUCAUGCGUCAAAUUAGAGGAAUUAGAUCAAAGAGUCUAAAAGAUGGUCUUUCUCUCCAAGAAAGACUGAAGAUGUUUGAGUCGUUCUGA